AUGUAUAAUCUUAUGCAACGCGCUAAUGCAUUAUUCGCUUUUGCGAUUACUGUACUGUUUGCUCUUUUUGGAGUCAUAUCAGUUGUUACGCCUUUCUUAUCUUCUUCUCCUACAGCCACACUUAAUAUCAGUGAUUUACAAAUUUGGGUGUAUGAAUAUAAUUUAAGUGAAAGUGAAUUUGCUUUUGUGGACAUGAAACUUGAGGCUGAUUUAACUUCACUAUUUAAUUGGAACACCAAACAAUUAUUCAUCUGUGUGAUCGUCGAGUAUAACACCGAUACACAUAAUCAAAAUCAAAUAAUUUUGUGGGAUAAAAUUAUUAAAUCAAAAGAAGAUGCAUUAAUUAAAAAUUAUGAUAUACAUAAUGCGUACAAUUUUGUAGAUAUAACGAGUAGUUUUGAGCGAGCGAACGCAACUUAUUCUUUACAUUGGGAUAUAAUGCCACAUGUUGGAAUGUUAAUGAAUGGACGGGCUGAAAAAUUAAAAAUGUGA